UAACUUUUUUGUGUUAUGAGUUAUCAGUUAUGACCAAUAAGUCAUGGAUUCCGACGAUAUCCUCGAAAAAACUAGCCUCUUGCGGCCAGUGCCACCAUUACAAGGGUCAACUAAUUUGACUAGCGGCAGUUAUGGAGGCAGUACAAAUGGUUCAGUUGGUGUCCCAAGCACUGUCGUUGAGCCGCCCAAUGUCUACAGAAGUCGUUGGAACUCUAUCCGUGUCAUGUACCUCACCAUGUUCCUCUCAAGUGUCAGCUUUACUUUGUGUGCUGCAUCAAUAUGGCCGUACUUGCUCCAGAUGGACCGCACUGCCAAUGCAUCCUUCCUUGGAUGGGUCAUUGCAUCAUACAGUCUCGGACAACUGGUUUCUUCCAUCUUCUUUGGAAGUCUGGCAAAUGCUCUCAAGAGGAGCACCCUCCCCUUAAUUCUGACCUUGAUUCUAAACGUGGCUGGGUACGCACUCUACGCUUACAUAGAAGACAUUUCCUCCGAUAGGAAAUAUUAUCUUAUAGUGUCGCGGAUACUGCUUGGGAUGAGUGCAGGAAAUGUAGCUGUUGUUCGAUCUUACAUUGCUGCUGCCACUACUCUAAAGGAAAGGACAGGGGCGUUUGCUAAUGCCAGUGCUGCUCAGGCUUUAGGAUUUAUCAUUGGACCAGCGCUGCAAGCUGCAUUCAGCCCGAUCGGCUACCCUGGUGUCGUCGAUCUGCCUGGUCUCCAUCUCAACCUGUAUACAACUCCCGCUUGGCUUGGAUUGCUGCUGUCCAUCUUCAACAUCUUUGCAGUAGCUUGUUAUUUUACUGAACAUAAAGUAUACGACGAUGAAACGUCUGCUCGACAUGAUAAAAAUAUUCAAGGUCCCCUGGUGUCACAUCGGCUUGGUCAUGAGGAACGACGACCAGACUAUGUUGCAGUGGUGGCAAAUAUCUUCAUCUUCUUCUGUAUACUCGUUGUGUUCACAAUGUUUGAGACUAUUGGUACCCCAUUCGCUAUGGACAUGUUCACCUGGACCCGGGAACAAGCAACUUUAUACUGUGGCAUCAUCUUGGCUGCAGGAGCUGUCCUCUCCUUUAUUGUCUUCAUAUUCUUAAAGGAGAUCACAAAACGGAUCCCUGAGAGAGUGAUGAUGCUGCUUGGCUUCCUCAUCAUUUUGAUUGGCUUCUUCAUCUACCUGCCCUGGGGAAACAAGUUUCCCAACUUCCAAUAUGUUGUCAUAGGCCCUUCGAUGCACAACUCAACAACGCCGGUGCCAGGGAACUUGACCACAUCCAUGGAUUUGACAACAUCGGCGUUAAACUUUACAACGUCAGUGCAAACCUCGUCUUCAGUGAAUUAUACGUCAUCAAAUGCGUCAACUUACACGCCCCAGAUGACAACACCCAUGGACUUACUUCUGAGCCCUUCCUCGAAUUCAUCAGUGCUGCCACCUGUCAAUCAUACUGCAGAACCAGCAGGUUGUGAUCCCUCGCAUAAAUGGUGUCUGUAUACGCCGAUGACGUACCUCGCACAGUUCCUUGCUGCGUCAGCCCUCGUCUCCAUUGGCUACCCAAUAUGCUUUGUGAUAGCGAAUACAUUAUUUUCAAAAAUAUUAGGACCAAGGCCUCAGGGUUUCAUGAUGGGAGUCUUGACCGCCUCCGGUAGUCUGGCGAGGACCGUUGGUCCCAUCUACGUUGGAUGGGCGUACAAUACUUACGGCGUGCGGGUCGCCUAUGGCUCUGCUGCAGGGGUUGUCAUAGCUGCUGCGAUGGUGUUUACGAUAUUUUACAAACGAUUAGUACCAUUUGGGUCGCCCGUGAGGCCCUCAUGCUGUCGGGGUGAGGAGUAAUGAUUCAGUUGAGAUGUACAAUGUUAGAUCAUUGAUUAAUGUUAUAUUUUGAAAGAUUAUUUUGAUAUACAUUGAUAUUUGUAAUAUAAGAAAUGUGUGAAAAUUUUCCACAUUUAAUAUGGCAGUUGGGACUGCAUUUUAGCAGGUGAUACAUGUAUGUUUUUGAUGAAAUAUGUUUACCAUAUUAUACAAAUGAUUAGUACCAUUUGGGUGGCCCGUGAGGCCCUCAUGCUGUCGGGGUGAGGAGUAAUGAUUCAGUUGAGAUGUACAAUGUUAGAUCAUUGAUUAAUGUUAUAUUUUGAAAGAUUAUUUUGAUAUACAUUGAUAUUUGUAAUAUAAGAAAUGUGUGAAAAUUUUCCACAUUUAAUAUGGCAGUUGGGACUGCCUUUUAGCAGGUGAUACAUGUAUGUUUUUGAUGAAAUAUGUUUACCAUAUUAUACAAAUGAUUAGUACCAUUUGGUUGGCCCGUGAGGCCCUCAUGCUGUCGGGGUGAGGAGUAAUGAUUCAGUUGAGAUGUACAAUGUUAGAUCAUUGAUUAAUGUUAUAUUUUGAAAGAUUAUUUUGAUAUACAUUGAUAUUUGUAAUAUAAGAAAUGUGUGAAAAUUUUCCACAUUUAAUAUGGCAGUUGGGACUGCCUUUUAGCAGGUGAUACAUGUAUGUUUUUGAUGAAAUAUGUUUACCAUAUUUUACAAACGAUUAGUACCAUUUGGGUGGCCCGUGAGGCCCUCGUGCUGUCGGGGUGAGGAGUAAUGAUUCAGUUGAGAUAUACAAUGUUAGACCAUUGAUUAAUGUUAUAUUUUGAAAGAUUAUUUUGAUAUAAAUGUACAUUGAUAUUUGUCAUCUAAGAAAUGUGUGAAAAUUUUCCACAUUUAAUAUGGCAGUUGGGACUGCCUUUUAGCAGGUGAUACAUGUAUGUUUUUGAUGAAAUAUGUUUACGAUAUUUUACAAACGAUUAGUACCAUUUGGGUGGCCCGUGAGGCCCUCAUGCUGUCGGGGUGAGGAGUAAUGAUUCAGUUGAGAUGUAAGGUAAAAUGAAGUAAUUAUAGCCCCUUUUUCAUCUAUAACCUAGGUUACGCAAGAGAUUUCCAUGCAGAUUCACAAAAACCGGCCUUGAUCUUGUAGUGGCACCUCUUCCAAUAAUAUUGCCUGUGAUUAAGAGCAUUUUAUCAAAAACAAUGCUUCCGAGAGACAAUUCAAGACUUGUGGUCAGGUGCUACAAUUACUCCGUGGCUUUGGGGUAAUUGUAGCCCCUGACUGAAACUUAAAAUUACUUGUUUUUUAUGCAUAAGAACACUUUUUUUCACAGCUUUAUGGUCUUUAUAUUGGUAAUAAAACAUUUAGUAUUACAGUGGAACCUCCCUUAGCGGACACCUCUCUAUUAAGGACACUAGUUUUGGUCCAAAAUUGG